AUGCAUAAGGGAGAAGGAAAAAAAAUGCGAAAUGAGGAGGGAGAGGGAGACAGUGAAGAAAUAAUUAAAGCGAGAAAUAAAAUGGAUCCUCGUGUCGUUCGGCUGGAGCCAUACGAGUAUGUUCACAUACUUGACAACAAUACAUGCAAGGUGACGCUUUUGGAAGGGCCGUGCUGCAUUACAUUGCUCGACCAUCUUGUCAACCUUCAUAAGAAUGCGCAGCACCACAUUGUCAUUCCACCCAAUCACUACUGCGAGGUGCAGAAUCCAGUUGUACUGUCGCCAGAUGGCGGGGAGCCUACAUACCGGAUGGGGCACCGUGAGGUGCGACUGUCGCAACCUCCAUUCCCGUUAUAUCCCGGUGAGGUAGCUUCUGAUUUGAAACCAAUGCGCAUUCUUACUUCCAAAGAGGCCAUUAUUGUGCGGGCGUUGGAAGAUCACACAACUACAGAGGAACUCACGGGGAAAACGGUGCAACGCAUUGCUGGGGAACAGUGGCUGGUGAAGGGGCCUGGUGCGUACGUCCCGCGUGUCGAUGAGGAAGUGCUUCGAGGAGUGGCACCACUCCUUAUUUCGGCAAAUGAAUACAUUCAGUUGUGUGCCAUGGCGGACUUUAAGGACCCAGACGGUACAGCACGACGUGUUGGCGAGAAAUGGAAUUUAUUGACGCAAGGCGUUUUUUUUCCGGGGCCGUACACAAAACAAGAACCUGUUAAGAAGGGUAUCACGCUUUCACCGACCUUGGCGCUCCAUGUGCGGGCAGUGCAUUCUUUUUACGACACACGCUUUGGAAUCCAACGUUGCCUAGGGGACCGUUGGCUUGUGACGCAUGAUGAAGUGGCUUUAUUCCUGCCAACUGAGGACGAGGAUCCUGAGACGACCGUCCCUCUCACGAUCGUUGGGCAACAACAGUACUGCAUCCUAUUAAGAACCGUGCAGGAUGGUGCUGUUCAUGACGGUAAAAGGAAACUUCUUAAGGGGCCAUGUUCCUUCUUUUUGAAACCCGGGGAAAGUUUGCAGGACAACGAGGUGAAGGAUGCGUAUCUCAUUGGGGAUCAUGAGGCUCUCCUUGUGGAGGCGGUAAGCAGUUUUGCGGAGGAGGACGACACAUGGCGGGAGGUGUCAUCCCGUUGGUUGGUGUCCGGGCCGUGCAGCUAUAUUCCACCCUUGGAUGUUUGCGUCUUGGAGCGGCGAGAAAGAUUGUUGCUUACUGGCAGUCAAGGCGUUUAUGUGCGUAACGUGCGUACUGGCAUGGUGAGGGCGGUACAUGGCCAGGCGAUAAUGCUUGCUGCGGAUGAAAUACUGUGGGAAAAGCCGAUCAGUCCUCUUGUGCAUCGUCUUCUUCAAGCGGACACAUUCUCUGUGUACGACGCCGGUGCACUAAAAUCGGCUUCUGAAAAGGAGCCAUAUGCAUCCCACAAGGUUGUCUUCUACAAGGUCCCACACAAUGCCCUGGUGCGACUGUAUGAUUCCAGCACGAAUACCAGUCGUGUGGAGGAGGGACCCGCCGCGUUGUUUCUCGCCCCCAACGAGGAGUUUACACCCAUCUCCCUUUCCGGGGGCCGCCCAAAGGCGUCCAAUCGCAUCCACUCACUAUGUCUCUUUUUGGGACCCGAUUUUAUGGCGGAUGUGAUUGAAGUCGAGACGCUCGAUCACGCCCGACUGAUGCUUCAUCUUGCGUACAAUUGGGAAUUUGACACAACUGACAUGGAGCGCAUCAAGAAAAUUGCUUUUGAACUGCCUGAUUUUGUUGGUAAGGCUUGCAAUACGCUUGCGAACCGCAUCCGUGCUGCAAUCGCGUCUGAGUCCUUUGAGGAGUUCCACCGCAACUCCUCUUCUUUGAUUCGGCAGGCCAUCUUUCGCUCCCACUUAGGGACGACGGAGAUGCGGGAGGACGGCCUGUACUUCCCUGUCAAUGGUCUCCUCAUCACAAAUGUGGAUGUACAGAGUGUGGAGCCUGUCGAGCCGAAUACACGCGACGCUCUAAAGAAGAGCGUGCAACUCGCCGUGGAAAUUAUCACCCAAUCGCAGGAAAAUGAGGCUUCCCACCAGGCAAUGCUGUUGGAGCAAGAGGCGAGAGGGACACUCGAGCUGCAAAUCAUGAAGGACAAGGCGUCGGAAGAGGCAGAACGUGUGACAUUACUUCAGGUCACUGCGGAAAAUACCGCCAUUGAAUUGAGCGGCUCCAGCAGGGCCCAAACUCUUGCAGAAAGUGAGGCACGGCUUGUCGAGCUGCAGGCAGAACUGGACGUAACGCCUAAUCGCUGUCGUGCGCUUGAAUUCAUGACGGACGCUGAGUUGGAUUUGCAACGAGAACGCAUGGAGAUUGAGAUUUCCCACCGUCGUGCCAUGAAUGACCUUGCGGUUCAGAAAGCAAAAGCACUGGCCGACAUUGAAGCCACCAAAGUGGAGAAGAUAUUUUCCGCCUUAGGGAGAGGAACUGUCACGGCAAUUGCACGGGCAGGUCCAGAGCUAAAGGCGAAGUUGCUGCAAGCACUGGGUCUUAAAGGAUUCCUCGUCACGGAUGGUACUUCUCCCAUCAACCUGCUGGGCAUGGCAAACUGUAUGGUGCACGAUCCAAGGGGGAAGCGGGCAUAA